AUGUUACCAAUAAGGCUUCCAGUACUAAUAGUUUUCAUCUUGUCAUUAAUUGGAGCAGGAUAUUUGGGAUUUGCUCUGAUCCAUUUAGAGUAUGACAAGGUAAUACAUUUUACUACUUUUCUUAUAUUGACAAUUGAAUUUUACUUUGUAUUUGACACUAAGAACAAGAAACUAAUUAGAAUUAUUACCUUUGUAAUAUGUACAUGUGGAGCAAGUAUUGGACUGGAAUUGAUACAACAUUUAAUAAAUUCUCAAAGAAUAUUUGAUAUCUUUGAUAUAUUGUAUAAUGUAUGUGGUAGCUCAAUAGGAUUAUUAAUUGCUUGUAUUGUUCAUAAUUGGAGAAUUAGUAAAAUGAGACAAGAAAAACAAAGACGUCGACAAAUCGACCAUAUUGAAGGGCAAAGUAUAUCAACAUUAGAUAAUCAACCAAUCCUUCUGGAUGACCAGGAAGAAGGAAAGAAUCUAAUUCCACUUCAAGAUUUGUAA